UGAGCAGCCCUUCAUCUGCUCCGAUUGCGGCAAAUGCUUCAAGUCAUCCACGACCCAGACGGUGCACGGGUGCCUGCACACCGGGAACCGUUCCUACACAUGCAGCGACUGGGGCAAGGGCUGCACCCGCUCCAGCAGCCUGCUGGUGUACCAGCGCCACCACGCCGGCGAGCGCCCCUACACCUGUGCUCAGUGCGCCAAGUGCUUCACCCAGUCCUUCACCCUGCUGUCCCACCAGCGGGUGCACGCCUGUGACCAUCCCGUCCCCAGCCUAGAGUGUGGAGAACACUUUGCCAUGGCGUCCCAUGCCAUGUCUCACCAGCACCUGCCGCAGGAGGUACAACGUCUUUGUUUCAACUGCUCGGGGUGCUACAAGAGCUGCACCCGCUACGACAGACUACUGCGGCACAACUGCGGGCUCUCCGGCGAGAGGCCCUUUGUCCGCGCCGACUGUGGCAAGUGUUUCGCGCCUCGCAUGAGCUGA